AGCCACAUACAUACUCAAGAUGAUGACAUGCAAAAGCAUCUACUGUCGUCAUCACAUAAGGAGUAUCACACUCGCUGUGUUACAAUUUUCCUGAACUUUAUAUGUAACUUUGUGGGUUGGUGCGUUCUUGCUUCUUAACAGACAAAUCUUUUCAGUGUGAGGUUCAUGGGGAGUAAAUGACAGAAUUAAAAGGAUGUUUGCCCUCGUAACUCUGCCCCCAGCGCGAGCCCCCUCAUACCGCCCUUGUUGUCAUGCACAGGCGCUCUCUCUUUGGAACAAAAACUUGGCUGGCAGACAACAGCCAUGUGUUUUAGGUCCACACUUUGAAAACUUUGUGUGCGUUUCGGAGAAUGAGAGCAAAGAGGAGGGGAAGUGGACUGCGAAAGGGAGCUAUGGAGUAUGAAAGGAGCUGCAGACCAAAGUCGAAGCCAGCGACCAUGUACUUGGUGAUUUUAUAUUCAGUUUAAAUUUGUUGGGCAACAUUUGGAAUUAUUCAACGGUGUACACAGUUGGAGCAGAAGUUGUAGUGAUGCAGCGUGAAGAGGUUUCAGCAAGAGAGGAGUUCACCUACAGCCCCAUGUCCACUCUAGAAAGAGGCACUCUGGGAAGACGAGGUAGCAGAGGAGUGGAGAGGAGAGUGGACAGGGGGGAGGAGGAUGUGUCCGAACGGGACAGCUACACUGUGGACGUGAGGGCCAGUGACUUGCAGCUGGCCCAGCCGGAGUCUCUGAAGCACCCCUGCUUCAACUACAGGGCCUGGGUCUACAGUGUCCUCAUAGGGGGCAGUCUUCUCAUCACUUCUGGAUUCUCUUUGUACCUCGGAAAUCUCUUUCCUGUUGCCAUGGACUACCUGCGCUGUGCUGCGGGAUCUGGCAUACCAGCAGCAAUUGCCAGCUUUGCUAUUGCUAAGAACAGACAUGUUGCAGUGUCAGAUUUCCAAGUGGUCUAUGUGUCCACGUUUGCAGUGACGACCACCUGCCUGGUUUGGUUUGGAUGUAAACUGGUCCUCAACCCUUCAGCUGUUAAUAUCAACUUUAACCUCAUCUUGAUGAUUUUGCUAGAGGUGUUGACGGCUACCACUGUCAUCCUGUCAGCUCGCUCUGGAGAGGAUUGCUGCCGCCACAGAAGGAGUGACACAAGCCAACGACCUUUGGUUACAACUCCUGCAGUGUUCCCCACCCGUCUUCUCAAAGCUUACUCAGUGAUAGAAGUCAUCGUAGGAAUCUCUGCUGUGUUUGGAGUCAUUGCGCUCAACAUGGACGCCUUGCUGCCCAGCCCGUACUUGUCUGUUACAUUUUUCUGGAUCCUUGUGGCUUGUUUUCCAAGCGCUAUCGCGAGUCAUGUUGUGUCAGAAUACCCGAACAAAUGCCUGGUAGAGGUUCUGAUCGCCAUUAGCAGUGUGACGUCUCCUCUCCUCUUUUCUGCUUCUGGCUUCCUCUCUUGCAGUGUGAUCAGCUUAAUUGACAUAUUUCUGCAUGAUGUGCCUAUAGCAAAGCAAUCCUACGACAUCUUGCUGCUGAUCCUGCUGGUGUUACUGCUGGUGCAGGCAAUUUUAAAUUCCGCCACCGUGGUGCACUGUGCCUCCUAUAAGAGUCAGCUACGCUCGAGGGCAACACAGCAGUGUGACGACAACAUGGGAACCUCCAACCAGCACUGUGGGCAACCAUCCAACGGAGUGCUGCAGAACUUCAGCAAAGAAAGAACCCGAAAGGCCAUGAUGGUGCAAAUCACGCAAUGAAUAUAAAAUUAAUGAAUGAAGUAUGAUGGACUCAGAAUCAUUGUAUCAGAACAAAAAAAAAGAAAAUAAUGAAAAACACAAUACAUAUGAUCACAACUUUGAAAACAUAUUUAAUAUUGUAAGUAUAUUAAUACACUGAGAACCAUAGAGUGAAUACAGUGCUAUGAAAAACUGGUGGCCCUCUUCUCAGAUUCUUAUAUUUUGGCAUAAUUUCCCCUACUUUAAUGUUGAGAUCAUCAGACAAAUGUAAACCCAUUCAUCCAUUAUCUGAGCUACUUAUCCUCUCAAGGGUCAUGGGAGUGCUGAAGCCUAUCCGUGCUCUCUUCGGGCAGGAGGCGGGUACACCCUGAACUGGUUGUCAGCCAAUCACAGGGCACAUAGAGGAAAAACAACCACUCGCACUCACAUUCACACCUAGGGGCAAUAUAGAGUCUCCAAUUAAUGCAUGUUUUUGGGAUGUGGGAGGAAACUGGAAUGCCCAGAGAAACCCACGCAGGCACAGGGAGAACAUGCAAACUCCACACAGGGGGUGCCUGUAGUUGGACCCCGGUUCUCAGAAAUGUGAGGCUGAUGCUCUAAAAUGUAAAUAUCAGACGAAUACAGCAGGGAGCGCUCUCCAGCACUCCCGCUCAGGACUCUAAAAGGGGUGGUUACCCUGAACUUCUCUUUGGUGCACAGGCACAAACCACAGCCAGGACCCGUCCCCUCUCGUCCACCGGAGUGAAUCCCAACGUAUAGGCAUGGGGCAAUAAGUAUACCCACACUGCCUCUCACACUGGUGGAUUGAUAACUGAGCCCAAACCGUGUGUGGAGGUGAGCCCAACUACAUCUAUUUGCAAUUUCUCAACCUUACAUACAAGCUCAGGCUUCUUCCAUGCCAGAGAGGUGACGUUCCACAUCCCGAGUAGGCAUCUUCUGUAGCCGGGGAUCGGAUUGCCAAACUCCCAGCCUUCGGCCACUGCCCAAUUCGCAAUGCACCUGACCCUCCCACAGGUGGUGAGGCCAUGAGAAGGGAAACCGACGUUACCAUAUUAGGAUGUGUCCAGCUGGGCCCCAUGGGUGUAGGCCCGGCCACCAGGCGCUCAUCUUCGAGUCUCACCUCAAAGCCUGACUCCAGAGGGGGGCCCUGGUGACCCUCGUCUGGGCAGUGGAGACCUCUAUCCAUUUAAGUCUAUCAUCAUAAGAGUCUCACAGCCAUGCUUUGUCUGGUUUGACUUCAUUUGUGGCUGGUGAGGAUGGCCCAACCAGGGGGCCAUUACUUUUUCACACAGGUCCUGGUAACUUUGAAUAGUUUCUUUUCCCUUAAUAAAUUUAAUCACCAUUAAAAAUCAUCAUCUGAAGUUCACUUGGAUUAUAUUUAUAAUAUAUUCAUUAUGUUUGUAUAUUUACAUUUGUUCGAUGGUCUUAAACAUUCAUGUGGGGAAACUAUGCAAAUAUAUAAGAUCUUGAGAAGGCAGCCAAUACUUUUUAUAUUUGUUGACCAAGUUGGAUUAGGUCCUUGUUCUACAGUAUCCAUCCAUCCAUCCAUCCAUUUUCUUAGCCGCUUAUCCUCACAAGGGUUGCGGGAGUGCUGAAGGCUAUCCCAGCUGUCAAUGGGCAGGAGGCAGGGUACACCCUGAACUGGUUGCCAGCCAAUCGCAGGGCACAUAGAGACAAACAGUCGCACUCUCAAUCACACCUAGGGGCAAUUUAGAGUUUUCAAUUAAUUUGCAUGUUUUUGGGAUGUGGGAGGAAACCGGAGUCGUCAGAACUGUGGGGCCAAUGCUUUACAGCUGCUCCACUGUGCCGCCUUCUACAGUAUUCCAUCUGUAAAAGAUUUUGAUUUUUGUUUGUUGUCCACUACGGGACAUAUAAUUGACUGCAACAGCGGGGUUAUUAUGACAGUGAAGGUGUUAUUGCAUACCAUAGUUGCACUUUUAGGGCAUUGUCUAAAGCACAGUAUCACUAUUGUUAGUGUACUUUCUUAGUUUUCUAGACCUUUAAAUAAAGUCUACUGAGUUUUA